UCAUUUAUUUCCCUUGCCAUCCACUAUCGAUCACACACUCAAAACACACUCACUGUGUGUUCCAACUUCCAAGAUCUUGAAGAACCCAAACCGAAAUACAAAAAAUGUCCGACUUUGAGUUCUUCCUCUAUGUAUCUCUUCUAAUUUCAACUCUAUUUCUCAUCUUGAAUCUUGCCAAAAAGAGAAAACACACCACUUCUUCUCCUCUCAUCAACCUUCCACCAGGAAACAUGGGUUGGCCGUUCAUCGGAGAAACCAUCGGUUACCUCAAACCCUACUCCGCCACCACCAUCGGAGCAUUCAUGGAACAACACAUAUCAAGGUUUGGAAAGAUAUACAAAUCAAACUUGUUUGGAGAGCCAACGAUAGUUUCAGUGGAUCCAGGUUUAAAUAGGUACAUAUUACAAAACGAAGGGAGAUUAUUCGAAUGUAGUUAUCCAAGAAGCAUAGGUGGAAUUCUUGGAAAAUGGUCGAUGUUGGUUUUGGUUGGUGACAUGCAUCGAGACAUGAGGCUUAUCUCACUUAACUUCUUGACCAAUGCAAGGCUCAAAACUCAACUCGUGAAAGAAGUCGAAAAGAACACUUUGUGGGUGUUAGAUUCUUGGCAAGAAAAUACAUCCUUUUGUGCCCAAGAUGAAGCCAAGAAGUUUACAUUCAAUUUAAUGGCGAAACAUAUCAUGAGUUUAGAACCCGGAAAACCAGAAACUGAACAACUCAAGAAAGAGUAUGUAACUUUCAUGAAAGGUGUGGUGUCAGCUCCUAUAAACUUCCCUGGAACUGCAUAUAGAAAAGCUUUAAAGUCAAGAGCAACGAUUCUUAAAUUCAUUGAAAUGAGAAUGGAGGAGAGGAUUCAGAAGCUACACGAAGGAAAUGACUUAGAGGGAUUAGAAGAUGAUUUACUUGGAUGGGUAUUGAAGAAUUCAAACCUUUCAAAAGAGCAAAUACUUGAUUUGGUUUUGAGUUUACUCUUUGCUGGUCAUGAAACGUCGUCGGUUUCAAUAGCGUUAGCCAUUUACUUCUUGGAAACUUGUCCAAAAGCCGUUCAUCAACUUAGAGAAGAACAUGAAGAAAUCGCCAAGAUGAAGAAGCAAUCGGGUGAGAAGGAUUUGACUUGGGAAGACUACAAAAAGAUGGAGUUUACGCAAUGUGUGAUUAAUGAGACGCUAAGAUUCGGGAAUGUGGUGAGAUUCCUUCAUAGAAAGGCUAUUAAAGAUGUGCGGUAUAAAGGUUAUGACAUUCCAUGUGGGUGGAAAGUGCUUCCAGUGAUCGCAGCCGUGCAUUUGGAUCCUACAAAUUUUGACCAGCCUCACCUUUUUGAUCCAUGGCGAUGGCAGGGUGCAACAUUGAUAUCGUCCAAUAACUUCAUGCCAUUUGGGGGAGGACCUCGGUUAUGCACAGGAUCAGAGUUAGCUAAAUUAGAGAUGGCGAUAUUUAUCCAUCAUUUGGUACUAAGAUAUCAAUGGGAAUUGACGGAUAUAGAUCAAGCUUUUGCUUAUCCCUAUCUUGAUUUUCCAAAGGGUUUACCAAUAAGAAUUCAUUGUUUGAAAUAGUACUAUUGAAAACAAAAUAGAGCAACGUCGACAAGAUCCAUAAUCAUCAAUGAUGGAUAAGGAAAGACUUCGUCAAAUCUUAUGUUUGGUGGGAGAGAAUCAAGAAAUGAAUGGCUCAAAAAUGUCCAUGUUGAUCUUGAAGGUGAAAGUUGCUUGGAGCUUUCGAAGGGGCCAGUUCUCAAUGCUUGAAUUUAGAGGAUUUUAAAUUAAGUUAUAAUAUUUUAAAAAAGUAUAGUACAAAUUAAAUAGGUAUUUUGCUCAUAUAUUAUAUUAAGUGUAGUUUUAACAUUUAAUAUUUACAUGAAAUUUUGCAUGCAAGUAUCAACAUCAAUUGCAUAAUUUUCUCCUC